UAUCUGGAAAGUGUGUGAGGUGGUGUCCAGGAUCACAGGAACCACCAACCAUGUCACUAAUGUCUUUCGUUCACCUUGUCCGCCAAAUACUCUCCCUUCUCCAAAAAAUGCUCGUCCUGUUGCUAAGAAACCAACCAACCAAUCAAAACCCUCCAUAACUGUCACCCUCCCAUUAACACUAUUGCUACAGCAGUUACCACGACAUCCAUUUCAACUCAGGGUCAAAUUCGUCAUGGCAACAACGAGUAUUGAACCUGAAGCCGUCCAAUCAGAAUGCAGGAUUCCAUUAGAGCGUAGACAGUGGACUGGAUGCUUUUGGUUAUGUCCCAUUCACUCCACAAAGAAUAGGAUCAGAGACCAACCUGACCACAGUGACUGGCAGUCCAUUUCCUACGGAUGACUUUGGUAGCACUCCAUUAAUUUUGACGGACGUUCCUCUACCCGCCCUCUUAUAAUACUGCUGACAAUGCAAGACGAGAUUUGUUUGGAGCACCCCCCUUUGGAGAGGGUUCAAAGGUUACGGCGACAAUGACAACUGUAGAUCAAUUUGGAGCAGUUCCUUUUAGCUGAAUUUUAACAUUUUAUUUUUCCGUCUGUUUAGUAUAAUUAUUUUUUAUAAGUGUUGUUUUGUGUGUAGUAGGAUCGAUCACAUGACUGGACUAUUGACUGUGUCGGUAUAAUUAUUAUAAAUGAUGUUCAGUGCUUUACGCAAUAUCUUUGUUGAAAGAGUAAUUAAGUUUUUAUGGCCGGAAGCUUAAAGACCCUUGAAAUACAAAAAGAGGGUGUGGCACUUAAUUUGCUUUGUUUACUGUACUGAGGGGAGAAUUUGACAGAGUUUGAAAGAAGCUUCAAUGGCUGAACAAGAUUCAGAUGCUCAAAAGAAGUUAGCCGAGGACUUAUGGGAGGCUGUAGACAAUAAUGACGUCACCAAAGUUAGGUCCCUGUUGGGACAGGGGGCAGACCCCAACCACCAGCUCUACUGGAGUGACGAGUGGGCGGAUGAGGAGCCUCCAUUACAUUGGGCUUGCCUGAGGGGCAACCUUGAGAUUGUGAAGACACUUGUUACUCAUGGAGCUCAUACUGAAGAUGUGAGGGAUGGUGAGGGACAGUCACCACUGGACAGAGCUAUGGAGGAUAUGUAUGGUUAUGAUCAUAAAGGUUGUGUGGAUGUUGCCCUCUACCUGAUGAGCCGUGGCUGUGGUGGUGAUCAGGACAAAGCCAACCUACUGCGUGCAGCAUGUUACCAUGGUAUCCUGGGUGUAGUGAAGGAACUGGUUGAGCAACACGAAGUUGACCCCAAGAAUGUGAGGGAUGAUGAGGGACAGUCACCACUGGACAAAGCUCUGGGAGGUUAUAAUGAUGGUUGUGUGGAUGUUGCCCUCUACCUGAUGAGCCGUGGCUGUGGUGGUGAUGAGGACAAAGCCAGGUUACUGGGUGCAGCAUGUUACCGUGGCAACCUGGGUGUAGUGAAGGAACUAGUCGAGCAACACAAAGUUGACCCCAGUGUGACGCGUCGUCAUGAUUGGACCCCUCUCCACUAUGCAUGCAACUCCCAUGGAAACAAAGAUGUGGUGCAGUACUUGGUGGAGAAGGCCAACUGUGAUAUCAGUGUAACUAACGGUGAUGGCAAGACUUCUCUUGACAUUGCUACACGGGUGGGUCACACAAUUGCUGACUACCUCAAGUCUCUACCACAACAAUCUGCUGUGACUGGAGACACUGACUCCAGGAGUGUCGAGAAUGGACCACCACCAACAGAGAAACAAAAAGUGACCUCUGACCCUCUCUCCGGUCAACAGACACCCAAUGCUGGCAAUGAACAACCAGAAACAACUGAUACUCCAAAUGGUUCCAAACAACUUCCAUCCACUUCAAAGGAAGGCCCUAACCUAACCUCAUCAAAAUCAAAGGCCCUCAAUGAUGAAUCAUCGAAGUCUGAGCAAGCUCUUAAUGAAGCCAUGAAGGCUGGAUUUGUCCGUGUGAACAUUACUAAUCUACUGUUUUUCGGAAUGGCAGGCACUGGUAAAACCUCCACUAAGCAUCUCCUUCUGGGACUGCCUCCUCCUCAAGAUCGAAAUAGCACUCCAUUAGCUAGCACAGCAGAGAGGAUAUGUGUUCGACAAAUUCGUGACGCUACAAAGCUGAAAAUGGAAACUCGAGAAGAUCCCUCUAGAACAUGGAAACCAGUAACUAGUGAUGACCUACAACGCAUUGUUGCUGAUGCUAUUAAAUCUCAUGUAACCAGCUCAGAUCCUAACUCUAAAGCAUCUGCUAUCCCACAAGAACUCAGCAUUGCUCUGAAGCAACUUGAACCUAGCAAUGAAUCAAGUACGCCAGUUGAUGCAACUCCUUCGACUUCAAGAGCAACUAAACCAUCAGUAGCUGGAGCAAAAAAGAAGCGUCCUAAACAAAAAAGGAAAACAAGUAAAUAUCUUAACACUGUUUCAAAUGUAAUGGCAAAUAUUCAGCAGUUUUCUGAUGCUGAUCAUACUACUGUUCAAGAAAAGUUUGGAUCUAAUUGGAUCUACAUAAUCGAUAGCGGUGGUCAACCUCAUUUUCAUAAUCUACUGCCACUCUUCAUGCCCAAGAUUUCAGUAGCUUUGUACAUUCUUCGUCUGUCUGACUGCCUAGACGAUCAUCCACUGGUUGAAUACUACAAGGACAAAAAGCCAGUUGGCGAAAGUUUCAAGUCACAUCUCUCAGUUCUGGAUAACUUCAAGUAUCUCGUGCAGUCAAUUCAAUCUCACAGUGAAAACUGCAAGCUGGUAUGUAUUGGUACUCACAAAGACCAUCAAUCUGAAUGCAAGGAAAAAGUAUCCGACAAGAAUAGAACUUUGUUAAACUUUGCUGUGAAUGACGAGUCGACUUUUUUUUUCAACUUGAGGAAAAAAGAUGUCAUAUUUCCUGUUGAUUGCAAGCACUGUGAUUCUGCCAGUAAAGAAGUGGCAAAGACAAUUCGUGAAUAUGUUCACAAAGAGCUAAAUAACAUUGAAAUCCUGGUCCCUUUUUGGUGGUUUGUUUUGGAAAUUAUUGUCGAAAAAGUUUCAAACGAUCAAAGCAGAAAAGUUUUGAGCAAAACCGAAUGUGUAGAAAUUGCAAAAACGUUACAUAAUUUUCAUGAAGAUGCACUUUUUGAAGCUUUGAAAUUCUUCCAUGAGCAUCACAUCUUUCACUACUAUCCUGCCAUUCUACCAAAUGUGGUAUUCUGUGAUACUCAAGUGCUUCUCGAUAAAGUAACAGAGCUUGUCGAGUAUGCUGCAUAUCUGCGAGGAAGUAACACUCCAAUACACGGGUCAGGAAAAUGGUUCAAGUUUACUGAUAAAGGAAUUAUUACGAUUGAACUUUUAUCUGAUAAGAAUUUCGAAAAACAUUAUGUCGAUGGACUCUUUGAACCCACUCAUCUCAUUGAAAUAUUUAAGCACUUGCUGAUAGCCACCCCAUUUGAUUUAUUCUCAGGAGGGAAAGAUAAGCGUUUCUAUAUGCCAUCACUUCUAUCCUUGCUCCCACCAACUCAAGUCAAUGACAAACGAGCUGAUUUGCUUAAGUCUGGUUUGAUCCCACUCGUUUUACAAUUUGAAAAGAACUGGCAGUGCUGUGGAGUGUUUUGCUGUCUCCAAGUGUACUUGAUUAAAGAAUGUAAAUGGGAAAUUGAAAUGGAGGAUCACCAGCCGAGUAGAAACUUUGUACAAUUGAUCCACCGAGAGGAAGAUUGUUUUAUCACGCUAAUUGACGGAUUUUCAUUCCUCGAAAUUCAUUCCAGUAGUAAGCAAAAAGAAAUGCUGUCUUUGAUAUAUGAAAACGUUCUCUCUGGUCUACGAUCUGCUUACCAAGCCCUGAAAUACACGUAUGAGGAUCCUGAAGUUGCAUUUUUAUGUCCCCAUGAAUUCCCCUCCACUGAAGCAAGUGCAAGUCCCCAAGUGCCCCACCACCCAGCUCGUGUUCUGGGUAAAGGCACUUCUAUGAGGUGUACUCAACGCAACAGGAUGACGUAUAAGUUAGGAAAAGGUCACAAAGAUUGGCUCUCUGCUUGUAAACUGGAAGAUCUUCUAGCCUCAAGCCAGCGCAAAAGAUCAUUGCCAUCAGAUGUAGAAGUUGAAACUCCGUCAAAGCGUUCUAAGAAUGAUGUCACUGACAGUGUGCAAGGAUCAUCAUCAGAGAAGGAUACUAGCAAUGGAGGAAGUACACACCAGCCGAUUGUUUUGACUGGAGAUGAUAUUCAAGCAAUUCGCGAGAGUCUCAAGAAUGCAAGCAAAGAUUGGUUUGAUUUAGGAUUGGCUUUCGGAGUGAAGAUUAACGUUUUGGAAAACAUUGAAGAUGAUUACCGUCAUAACGAUCGCCGCCUAAUGAAGGUGGUAGCCAAGCGUCUUGAAGUCACUGAUCCAGAACAUCCGAUGACAUGGCCUUACAUAUGUGAAUGUCUAAGGAGGCCUACUGUUGCACGUAACGAUGUAGCCGAGGAAAUUGAAGACAAGUAUGUGAGGACAGCAACUGCAGUUGCUCAUAGUGCCACCAAUUGAUCAUGAUAACCUGACAAGGUAUGGAAUUCACUUGAAUUAAGGGGACGAAUAAACAUUGCAAGUAAAGAACUGACUCUGAAACUGACUCUGUAUUAUUAUACUGACACAAUGUCGUCUAUAUACCCUUUAAUUAUAAAAUAAUGUGACAUGAAUUAUUUUAUUUGAGUUCAA